UCAGGCCCGUUUUCCCCGGUGGAUCCGCAGAAGGCGGAGCUCCGGGACACGUUCCAAACUGUGGUCGGUUCCGUUGCGUUUGUAAAAACUGAAAACGGAAUUAAAUGCGUGUGUUUGACGAAGAAGGGUCAGGGGGACGGCGCGUGCAGCGGCACCGGGACCGGGGACACCGGAGUUUCCCGACAUCCUCCGCGCGCAGCAGACGGCCGUGACGUAGCCCCUCCCCCAGGUGAGGCUCGGCAGGUACCGGGCUCAGGUUACGGAAACGGCGGCAGUCCGAGGACAGGUCCGCGCGGCUCAACUGACGGAAGCGCGAGACAUGAGUUUGUUUGUGUAGGAGCGGAAGUCACGCGCACAACAGGUGAGAUGGGAAACAGAGGAAGUGUCCGGAGAGAGAAGAAGGAGUCCGAGAAAGAAAAACAAGAAGAAGGAGGAGGAGGAGGAAGAGCUGCGGACAUUCCUCAGAUCACUGUGAUUGAAGCUUCUCCUCUGCCCGAGGACCGAACUGUCUUCAACCUGACACACACUGCGCAUGCGCAUGGGCCGCACGGACCUCCUGGACUACAGGUUCUUGCCGAUACACAGCCCUGUUCGCCACAGGAGGCCCCUCCCCCAGACUGUGACGAGGACAACAAGGACAAGGGCGACGGACGUUCAGAUUCCCGCAGUCUGUCAGGCAGUGAAGGCAGCGCCACGCCCAAAGCCAGCCGCAGACACUUCCUCCAGGCCAUGAUUGACAGCUCCCCUCAGGUGAGGCGCAGCGUGGCGAUGCGCGGUUCCGUUUACCUGUCAUCCAAGAGCGAUAGCGACUCCGCCUCCGUGGCGUCCUCCAACCCGGACGAGGAUGACGACCCCGCCCCCGUCACCUUGGACCCCCUGGAGCACGAGUGGAUGUUGUGCGCGUCGGACGGCGAGUGGGCCAGUCUGUCCCGCCUCCUGGCGGCAGAGCCCGCCCUCCUCCUGAAGAAAGACUUUGUGACGGGUUUCACGUGCCUCCACUGGGCGGCCAAGCACGGCAAACCUAAGCUGAUCGCGCUGGUGGUCAACUUCGCCAAGCGGCACGGCGUCCCCAUCAGCGUGGACGUGCGCUCCAACGCCGGCUACACGCCACUGCACGUGGCCGCCAUGCACAACCACACGGAGGUGGUCAAGCUGCUGGUGGGCGCCUACGACGCCAACGUGGAGAUCCGGGACUACAGCGGCAAAAAGGCCUGCCAGUACCUGAGCGAGCAGGCCGGCGUGGACAUCCGGGACAUCGUAGGACAGUACGAGCUCAGCGACGCCCAGAACACGGACCGUCAGGACGGGGGGCGCCGUGAGGCCCAGAGUGCGGACUGUCAGGACGGGGGACGCUGGAGGUUCUCCAGAGUCCUCCAGUCCAACCUGAAGCCCCUCAGACUCCUCAACAACGACGGCGGCGACGAGGCGGACGGGGAGGGUCGUCAGCAGGAGAAACCGCUCCGGAGGAAGUCGUCACUGAGCGGGAUGAAGCCCCGCCUCCAAAGGCUCCGCAUGAGGACGUCGCAGAUCGUACACAGUGUCACGUUUCACGACACAGAAGAGCUGGAGAAGUGUGGGCGGGGCUCCUGGAGGUCCAGACCCAAGACGCAUUUUUUUGGAUGAAAUCUGGAAAAAAAA